GCGUGUGGCGCCCCCCGGCGGCAGCGGGCUAUCAAUGUGACUGCCGGAACAGAGCGCACAAGCCAUGGAGCCGCAAGAAGAGGCGCCAACACCCAGGGAACCCGUCGCGCAGCCGCCUGGGGCCUCCAGGUCCCAGAUGCUGACGCAGGCGGAGCAGAGGGAGGGCGGCGAGGUCGACGACGCCAGCGCGGAGGGGCUGUGGGAGCUACCCGUGGAGCUGGUGGAGAGGAGGCCCGAGUGUGGCCGCUGCAGCCGGCCUCAGAAAGUGUGUUUGUGUCCAUUUCUACCAGAACAUCCUCUGCACAUCUCUACCCACUUGUACAUAAUUCAGCAUCCAGCAGAGGAAAAUAAAGUGUUACGGACAGUUCCUCUGCUAGCAGCAUGCCUUCCCCGGGACAAGUGUAAAGUCAAGAUAGGCCGUCGCUUCAGUGAAGAAAGAGAUCCUGAACUUUCAGCUAUUUGUCGGAGUUCUGGUACAUUAAUACUAUAUCCAGGGGCUGAAGCUGCUAACUUGGAAGAAUUUAUAAUAGAUUCUCCUAUUUACCCUUCCACAAUUGUCAUCAUUGAUGGCACAUGGAGUCAGGCUAAGGAUAUUUUCUAUAAGAAUUCCUUGUUCCGACUUCCCAAACAGGUGCAGUUAAAUACCAGCAUUUCUAGUCAGUAUGUAAUUCGGACACAACCAACUAAUAGGUGCCUUUCUACACUGGAGUGUGCUGCUGUUGCUCUUUCCAUCUUGGAGAAGAAUAUUUCCAUACAUGAGACUUUGCUUCGCCCUCUUCAAGCUUUAUGCUCAUUCCAGCUUCAGCAUGGUGCUCAAAUUCGUCUCAGCAAGGAACACCUUCUGAGAAAUGGAUUGUAUCCUAAGCCGAUGCCAAAGAACAAACGUAAACUCAGGAAGAUGGAACUGUUAAUUAAUAGCGUCAAAAUUUAAUGCAUGUAUUUUUACAGUGCCAGGCAGUGUUUUUGACUGAUGUUUCCAAGUUAGGUUUACAUUCAGUUUAAUUCUGUGAGGUUUUAACUGCCAGAAUUCUGUAACUGAACUUGCUCAGAAAUGAAAAUAAUCCAAAUAUAGCCAUAAAGACAAAUUCUACUGACUUAGUCAACAGUAAGAUUUCUUAUUACAUUUAUUUUUUAAAUGUGUUUUUAAAAUUACUUUUCCUUCAAAUCUGUAAUUUAAAUGUUACAAGUUGUUAGGCAGUUAUUUAUAAAAUGCAAAGAAAUUAUUUUACCCAGCUGGAAGAGUAUUUGUUCCUGUUAAUGUUUAUGAAUAGUUAGUGUAGCUGUUUAAUCGAGAAUACUUACAUUAAUUUGCAGACCUAUACAUAAACAUUAUAGUUUGAAAUAAAUAUAAAAAAAUAAUGAUAAUCAAAUAGUUUAGGUUGUAAUUAUUUCACAACACAGGGUAGUGGAAUGAGGAGGAAUUAUUUUUAAGGGUAGAAAUUUAACUUAGCUGAUGCGUAAAUGUUCUGCUCAUUGCCCUAAUUUUUGGAGAGCUACAUAUGAUUUUGAAAUAGCAGACAUUUUAACUCUUUAAUCAUCAUUAAUAAGUUUUUUUCAUUAUCCAUUGAGCACAUUGACUUUUUGACAACCUAAUUAUACUGAAGCUUUCAUAUGGAAGUACAAAAGUAUAUUGUAAUUUAAUUGUGACUUUGACAACUUGUUUCUGUAAUUAUGACAAUUAAAAUCUUUUUGUUUUUUAAUUGACAGUAAGGGAGUUACCUCAGGACCUCACAUAUGCUCAAGACCAUUACUGAGCAUACUCCUCAGGCCAUUUUGUUGUUAUUUUAGGGACAGGAUAAAUAUCACAACACUUUUCCACGAUCAUGAAGCUUCCCUAUUCCUACCAUGGUGCCUGUGUCUGUGGCUAGGGCUGGAACCCAGUGUCUCAUGCAUGGUAAGACAUGCUCUAUACCAAGUUCCCUAUCUCUAGUGUUUUCACCUGGCCUCUAAUGUUAGGUGAAAACUUUUUUAAUGGACAGAAACUUUCAAUUUGAGACAGUUGAGUGUGAGUUUGGUACAUAGCUACUGCAAUUUUGUGCAGACUAUGCAAACCAUUUAUAUCUGACUUAAUGAACUCUAGUUAUGUACAUGUCUUAACAAGAAGAAGAGAUUUUGUUUUAUUCUUUUAAAAUGGUUUCUAGAGGGGCUGGGUGGUAGUGCACCAGGUUGAAUGUACAUAUUACCAUUAGCAAGGACCUGGGUUCAAGCCCCAGGUCUCCACCCGCAGGAGGUUUUACAAGUGGUGAAGCAAAUAUUGUAGGCCUCUCUCUCUCUCUCUCUAUCUAUCUAUCUAUCUAUCUAUCUAUCUCCCCAUUUCUAUCUUUACCUCUCCUCUCAGUUUCUCUCUGUCCUAUGAAAUAAAGUGGGAAAAAAAAGGAAAAAAUGGCUUCUGGGAGUAGUGGGUUCACCUGUAGGGACCAAGCUCCAGCAAUAACCCUGGUGGCAAUAUAAAAUAAAAUAAAAUAAAAUAAAAAAAAUAAAA